UGGUGCUAGGCAUUGAGGGGGAGUAUUACGUGAGUGGAGGGGGACUGAGGUCCAGGUUCCGAGUGGGCCACAUCACCUUCCAUUGGGGCCGCUGCAACAGCUCCUCAGACGGGUCGGAGCACAGCCUCAACGGACGGAAGUUCCCCCUGGAGAUGCAGAUAUACUGCUAUGAGUCAGAGCUCUAUAAGUCAAUAGAGGACGCGAUCAGGGAUGGAGGCAAGAUCACAGCCUUGGCUGUCCUGUUUGAGGCCAGUGUGAACGACAACGAGAACUACAACACCAUCAUCGAGGGAGUGAACAUCGUGAGCAGAUUCGGUAAGAGCAGUUCUGUGGAGCCCUUCUCUCCGCUGGCCUUGUUGCCCGACGCCACAGAUCAAUACUACACCUACAAUGGCUCCCUCACCUCCCCACCCUGCACCGAGUCCGUGGAGUGGAUCCUUUUCAAACGCACCGUGGCCAUAUCAGAGACUCAGUUGGAGGUGUUCUGCGAGGUGAUGACCAUGGAGCAGGCGGGCUACGUCAUGCUGACUGACUACCUGCAGAACAACUACCGGGAGCAGCAGCCGCAGUUCAGCGGCCAGGUGUUCUCCUCCUACACCGGCGUCGAAGAUCUCCUCACACCCACGUGCAGCUCGGAGCCAGGGAACGUCCAGGCAGACGCCAGCAACGACACGACCAUCGUGGUGACGUGGGAGCGCCCCCGUGUGGUGUUCGACACCACCAUCGACUGGUACUCUGUCUCCUACCAGAGGCUGCAGGGCCGCCAGCAGCCCAGACACGAGUACCGCACCGACGGGGACCAGGACGUGGGCGCGAUCAUCCACGGCCUGCUGGCAAACAGCAGCUACGUGGUGGAGGUGUUGGCCGUCUGCACCAAUGGCCUGACAGGACGCAUGAGCGACCAGAUCAUCGUGGACAUGCCGCUCGAGGACCCAGAGAGCGAAUCAGGUCCAGACACUGACUCAGCAGAAUCUGAAGACAACAAUGAAGACAGAAAUGAAGACAACACACCUCAAGUGGAUCCCAACCAGGUGGGCCAGAACCAGGUGGAUCAGGAGGAAGCCAAAGAUGAAAGCCCAGUGGAGGAGACCCCAGCGGAGCAGACCAAAGUAUAUCAGAACCGGCUACCGGAGCUCACAACCCAGCCGAGCCCAGAUCAGAACCUCCCCAUCCAGCCCGGCACUCCGGACGUCCCCAGACUGCCUCCUCCAAUCAUCAAAGUGAACACGAAAAGAACCAAUCAGAACACGGUUGACCAGAGGAAGCAGAAAGUGGACCCGCUUCGAACUCAACCAGAGCGGACGGCCUUUGAUCCGAACCUUGCGGAGCCGAACAAACGGAUCCCCCCGAGCCGCACUCACACUAGCUCUGCCUCAGACGGCAAGAGCUCCAUCUGGGUUACCAUGAUGACGGACCAGCCGGGCUUCCUGUUUCCCGUUGCCAAGACAACCAGCAUGCCCGUCCGCCGGCGAAUCACGGAGGAGUCUUCAUUGUCGGCCUCGCCCAAGAGCAGAGGCAAGGCUUCCAAGGAGCCCACUUCAGGGGGAGACCUCCCACCACUGGGGGGCGAUGUGUUCCCCCUCCCUGCAGUCGAUAUGGAGGUCACUGACGUCUACUAUGAGGAUGUGGUGAACAGUACUUUGUUCGAGCAGGUCCCUUCUACUAUGACUCCACCGGCACAGGGUCACGGAAACGAUCAAGGAUUGGUCACGUCUCCGCCCAACGGCGGGGGCGUCGGAAGGACCGAGGCUCUGCCUCUUUCUGAGACCCCCCUCACGGAAACGGCCACCCCCUCCGUUCCCUGGGUCCGGGCGAGAACCACAACUCCCAGCAACAUCCUCUCCGCCGACGACAGCUCGUUUGGGACCUCACCCCUCAGCAAGAUCCUGCCUCACACCACGUUGCCCAUGUUCAACGUCCGCCAGUCCGACUCCUCCAGCUCUCAGGACCAAUCAGAGAGCUCCCCCUUCCCACCGCCCCUUGCCUCUUCAGUCCUCGACCGCCAGCCCACAGCCUCCGCCUAUCAGGGGGCUACUCCGGCCCCUCCUCCAACCCAGUCUGAAGAGGCCUCCCUCCACAUUCCAGUCCCAGGCACCGGCCCCUCCUCCUCCUCCCCCACCCGCACCCUACCCCCGACCCCUGCCAUCUCCAACCCUCCCGAGGGACGCACAUCCACCCUGCACCCCACCGAUCCCUCUUCCCAAGAGGGGCUGCUCGCCCCUCUCUCCCCGGACGGCAAGGUGGACACGAGCGGCUCUGGGUCUGGCCUGUACGAGAGCAGCUCGGCCCAGGACAGAGACGUGACCGUGGUGUUCUGGACGGGCCGUUUGUUCCCCACGCACAGCCCAGCCUCGACUCCAGAACAGAGGGAGGGGAGAGAGGGGAAGACAUGGAGGAAGACAGGGGAUGAGGCAGGGGGUGAGGCAGAGCCUGAGACAGUGAGUGAGACAAUGGGUGAGACAGAAAGCGAUAUAAGGGGUGAGACAAGGCCUGAGAAUGCUGGUGAGACAGGGGGUGAGACAGGGGUUGAGACAGGGGGUGAGACUGGAGAUGAGGGAGAGCCUGAGGGAUGGACUGAGACAGGUGGUGAGACAGAAAGUGAGACAGGGUCUGAGCCAGGGAGUGAGACAGGAGAAGAGGGAUGGGGUGAGAGAAAAGGUGAGGGAUGGGGUGAGACAGGUACUGAGGGAUGGGGCAAGAGACAAGGUGAGACAGGCGGUGAGACAGGAGGUGAGACAAACGAUGAGACAGAACCCGAGACAACUGGUGAGACAGACUUUGAAGGUCUCUACUCUGGCUUCUACUUUGAGGGCGAGUUGACCAUUGAGGCAGGGGGCGAGACCAAGGUCAAGACUGAGAGAGAGAAGGAGAGAGAGCCUGGGAGAGAGACAGAGAGUCCAGCUCAGAUCGACGGUUUGAAGCCCUCUCUGUGGAGGUCAGCUACGGCUGAGGAGGGCAGCGGCUCCGGGGAUGAAGUCGAUGGAGGGACCGAAGGAGGACUUGACAGAGGAAUAGAUGGAAGUAAGGAAGGAGGAGGAGCAGGGAUGGAAGGAGACGGAGGAAGAGAAGGAGGGGGAACAGGAGGAAUAGCGGGAGGAGGAAGAGGGGGGAAAGAAGGUCGAGAAGCUAAAGAGGAUCUCCUCGGUGUUGGUAACUUGACAGUGGAGCUGCGGCUCCCUGUGUUGAAUAUCAGCACUGCUGUGGAGCUGAACAGGAAAGAGGGCAGUAACAGCAGCCAUGAGUCCAGGGUUGGCAUGGUGGGCAGCGGGGUGGAGAGGGAGCGGAGGACUGUGGUGCCCCUGGCGGUGGUCUCCACUCUCACCAUCCUCUGUCUCCUCGUGCUGGUCGGCAUCCUUAUCUACUGGAGGAACUGUUUCCAGACAGCAAAUUUCUACCCAGAGGACAAUGCAUCACCCAAAGUGGUUUCGGCUCCGUCGACACCCCUGCUGCUAGCUGCAGAGGAGCAGGAGGAGGCCAUGUCGGUGAAGCAGUUUGUGAGGCACGUGGCAGAACUCCACAGCACCAACACCUUUUCCAAGGAGUUUGAGAUUGUGAAAGAGUGUUGUGAGGAGGUUCAGGAGUGCACCGUGGAUCUAAGCGUCACCACAGAGGGCUCCAAUCACCCUGACAACAGGAACAAGAACCGAUACGUCAACAUCCUGGCUUAUGACCACAGUCGAGUCAAACUCUCCAACAGUCUGGAUGGGGAGGGCAAAGUUUCAGACUACAUCAAUGCCAACUUUGUGGAUGGGUUCGAGCGUCCCCGGGCGUACAUCGCGGCCCAGGGGCCCCUGAGGGCCGGCAGGGAGGACUUCUGGAGGAUGGUGUGGCAGCAGAACGUGGGCGUCAUCAUCAUGAUCACCAACCUUCUGGAGAAGGGAAGGAGGAAGUGUGAGCAGUACUGGCCAGAGGAGAACCAGGAGGACUAUGGUCAGUACCAGGUGAGCCUGCGCAGCUCCAAGACCCUGGCCUACUACACCCUGAGAACGUUCACCCUCAGAGACGGCAACCAGAAGGCCUCCCGUGGUGCAGAGAGGACAGUGCUCCAGUACCACUACACCCAGUGGCCCGACAUGGGGGUCCCAGAGUACACCCUCCCCGUCCUCUCCUUCGUCCGGGCCUCCACCCAGGACCGGACCACCGACUCGGGCCCUGUCCUCGUUCACUGCAGCGCCGGCGUAGGCAGGACAGGCACCUACAUCGUGCUGGACAGCAUGUUGCAGCAGAUCCGAGAGCAGGGCAAGGUCAACGUGCUCGGCUUCCUCAAACACGUUCGAACGCAGAGGAACUACCUGGUUCAGACCGAGGAGCAGUACGUAUUUACCCACGAUGCACUGGUGGAGGCCAUCCUCAGCAAAGACACGCUGGUGACCUCCGACCUCAUUCACUCCUACGUGUCUGACUUGCUGACCCCAGCGCCCUCGGGCAGGACACGCAUGGAGAAGCAGUUUAAGCUGGUCAGUCAACGCAGGGCCCGACAGUCAGACUACGCUACCGCCUUGAAGGAAGGCAACGCCGAGAAGAACCGAAGCUCCUCUCUCAUGCCUGUGGAGCGAUCCAGAGUGUGUUUGACCACGGCAGGAAGCGAUUCCUCCGACUACAUCAACGCUUCCUACGUCAUGGGUCACCACCAGAGCAGGGAGUUCAUUCUGACCCAGACUCCUCUGGUCAGCACUGUGUCCGACUUCUGGCGAAUGGUCUGGGAUCACAACGCAAGAGUCAUCGUUGCCCUGCCGGACACACAUACACAGUCGUGUCAGAGCACUAGAGAUGUGGAGCCGUGGGUGUACUGGCCCAGCAAAGACCAACCAAUCAGCUGCGAGGGCUUCACGGUGUCGUUCUCCAGAGAAGAACAUGUCUGCCUGGCCAAUGAGGAGCGACUGGUCGUCCAGGACUUCAUACUGGAGGCCACACAGGAUGACUAUGUGCUGGAGGUGAGGCAGUACGCCUCCCCCUGCUGGCCCAACCCGGACAGCCCCAUCAGGAACUGCUUCGAGCUGGUCAACAUCGUCAGAGAGCACGGCAGGGAGAGGGAUGGCCCAGUGGUGGUACAUGACCGGCUGGGGGGGACCACGGCGGGGCUGUUCUGUGCCCUCACCACCCUGUGUCACCAGCUGGAGCAGGAGGCCAGCGUGGACGUGUACCAGGUGGCCCGCAUGACCAACCUCAUGAGGCCCGGGGUCUUCAACGACCUGGAGCAGUACCAGUUCCUGUACCGGGCAGUGCUGAGUCUGGUGAGCAGUCAGGAAGACCAGAAGACACUGCAGUCUUCCGAGACCAACGGUUCGAUUCCCCUGGGAAAGAUCAUCACCGCCGAGAGUCUGGAGUCCCUCAUGUAGCCUCUCUCUGUGACACACACACACAUAUAUAUAUACUAGCACACGCACACAACACACACAUUCGGG